UUAGAAAAUUCUCCUUACCACAUAAUCUCCGAAAUGGGGUUAAAAGUCAAAAUGCAAGAUUCAGGCCGAACAAAAAGGAGAGGAUCUGUAAAAAGAAACUUCUAUUCUACUUUUCGAUCGAAAGAAAGAAAAAAAUGGGUUCACCUGGUAAUCUACAGCUCCUUCAUCCUCGACAACUCUCAAUUCAACAACGUUGCUCAAUCUCAUUCUCAUUUCGAGCAACACGGACAACACCUUCCAAUUUUUUCUCUCUCCUCCCUACAAAAUGCAGUGCCUCUGUUUCAGGUUCAUGUUCUCUUACUUUAGGGUUCGAUACUACGAAAUUUGGGAGCUCCCGUAACGUGGUGGUUAAAUGUGUACCAGAACAGUCUUCUGAAUUAGAAUCCAUUGUUGUUCCUCAGGAGGCCGAGACCAAAGUGGGAAUAUCUGAAAUCUUGAGUAAAGCAAAUUCUUUUUUGCCACAUAUUGUCCUUGCGAGUACGCUGCUGGCUCUUGCUUAUCCUCCUUCUUUCACAUGGUUUACCAGCAGGUACUAUGCACCAGCACUGGGAUUUUUGAUGUUUGCAGUUGGACUGAAUUCAAGCGAGAAGGAUUUUCUUGAAGCGUUCAAAAGACCAACUGCCAUCUUUGCUGGCUAUAUUGGGCAAUUUGCUGUCAAGCCUCUGCUUGGACUUAUUUUUGGCACUAUUGCUGUAACAGUUUUUGGUCUCCCAACUCCUGCUGGUGCUGGGAUCAUGUUGACAUCUUGCGUCAGUGGCGCCCAACUCUCAAAUUAUGCGACUUUCUUAACAGACCCUCAAAUGGCCCCUUUAAGCAUCGUUAUGACUUCAUUGUCUACAGCCUCGGCAACGUUUGUGACACCCCUUCUAUCGCUGCUUCUUAUUGGAAAAAGAUUACCUGUUGAUGUUAAAGGAAUGAUGACUAGCAUAAUGCAGAUUGUAGUAGUCCCUAUUGCCAGUGGCUUGCUUCUUAAUAGGCUGUUUCCCGAGGUCUGCAAGGCAAUAAGGCCUUUUCUCCCUCCGCUAUCAGUAUUUGUAACAUCGCUUUGUGUUGGUGCACCUCUCGCCAUCAAUAUAAAUGCUGUUAUGUCACCUUUUGGAUUGAUCAUCCUUUUACUUGUAAUCAUGUUUCAUCUGUCUGCGUUUAUUGCUGGUUACUUGAUGUCUGGCUUGGUAUUUCAUGACGCACCCGACGCAAAAGCUCUCCAAAGAACACUUUCCUAUGAGACAGGCAUGCAAAGCAGUCUUCUCGGUCUGGCACUUGCUAACCGGUUUUUUGAGGAUCCUGUUGUGGGAGUUCCUCCUGCUAUUUCUACAGUUAUUAUGUCUUUGAUGGGGUUCUCGCUUGUUAUGUUGUGGGCUAAGAAGAAGAAAUAAGGAUUUCAUAAACAAGGAACGUCUGAGUUCUCUGACAGAACUGGAGAAUGCAUAUCAACAGUAGGAAUUAACAGGGUUUAUAAUGAAGAUGAGGCCGACGCUGAAUUCCAUAUAAGCUUUGGAAGAACUGGCGCUUUUGCAUCAAACAUUUGGAAUUGAUAAAUGUGUUGAAGGUGGGACUCUUGCUGGAUGGACUGAAAAUUGUGGUCUGUAAAGCAUGUACAUUUCACCCAAGGCCUGAAAUUUUUGGUGUAUACUGUGUUUGUGCCCGAUAAGAAUGGAAAUUUGUGGCAACUGGCAAGUAUUUGCUAGCAGCAAGGCCCUGCGUUCGUCAACAAUUGCUUUUAUAUACCAAUUCUUUACCAUUCCAGUUCUUUUUGCA